UCUUCUCUGUCAGUAAAUGGGUUGGAAUUUGUUUUUCUGGCUUAUAAUUUGUUUUCCCCUCAACGUUGCUCUUCUUGCCUCCACUUUUUAUCAGAUUCUGAUCUUAACAGACUUGGAGGCUGACUAUGUCAACCCAUAUGAGGCUUCCUCCCGUAUCAAUUACUUCGUUGUUCCUGAGUUUAUUGGGCAGGCAGCACUAUGCGCUCUCUUCCUCCUCACUGGGCACUGGUUCAUGAUCUUUUUGACAGUUCCCAUCACUGCCUAUCACAUGACGCUGUAUGCGAAACAGCAGCAUCUUCUUGAUGUCACUGAAAUGUUUAGGGUAGUUAAUGCUGAGAAGAAAUACCGGAUAGUGAAGUUUGCUUUAUAUCUCUUGACUCUUGCUGUUGUUGUCUUCAGGUCUUCCUGCAGGAUUAUCGCUGCAGGAAUAAUGCUAUUUCACAAUUUCAAGUUUGAGGAUGUCCGGUCUACCCUUUUUGAGUUCUAGGAAAUUUUUGUAAUCCUUCCAGAAUGUGUGAUUGGCACCGUUCGGUGAUACCUUAGCACUUGGUCUCCUGUAAAAGUUAACUAUUUAAGUUAGCUUGGAUUUAGAAACUUUUAGAGUCAUUAUACUUGAAAUUUUAUGGGAUCAAUUUACUUGUCCAGUUAUGGAUGGAUCUUGUAGUUGAAUGUAAAUAAAAGUCUUGCAUGUUACCCUCA